CCUAACAUAGCAGUUCGCUAGCAGCAGCAACCAGCAAGCGUCACGCUCGAACACACUGACACACCGCACAUGGCUUGCGUUGCGUCUCUCGAGUCUUGAUCCCUCUUUUGUCCGCCGCGUGCAUGGCCGGCCCCCGGUUUAUAAGUAAGCAGCAACGGCAGCGUCCGCGAGGGGAGCAGCAAAGCAGCCAGCCAGCUCUGCGGUUUCGCUUGCGCUUGCGCCGCGAGGUGGGCAAUGGCGACCAUGCCGUGGGCGCUUCCCGUGAGGAGGUUGCUGCAGGAGGGGUACGGCGCGUCGUACGCGCAGCAUGGGGCCGCGCGGUCCACAACCAUGGGGAGGUCGGUCGAGACGCUGGUGGUGAUCGUGGCCGCGAUCGUGCUGGCCGCGGUGCUGGCGGGCGUCCUCGCGCGGGUGUGCGGCGGGCAGCACAUGACGCCGAACGCGGACGACCGCGACGUGGAGGGGUGGGUGGAGAGGCGCUGCCGGAGCUGUCUCGACAGCGGGCUGCCGGCGCUGCAGCAGCAGGGGUCAUCAAAGACGGGUGAGAUCAAAUAG